UAUUCCCCCGUUCCGAAUAUUAGUAGGUGCAAAGCCGGAGCAAUCAUCCACCUCGCUCACAUCGCCCUGAACAAGCUAGAAUAUUGCAGACAUCACUUUCUUAAGCAAACGACACACAACGCGCCACUUACCUACCUCAAAAUCAGCCACGAGUCUCUAUAAAAUCCUUUCCAAGUUUUCUUGCGGUUAUUGUAGUUAACAAGCACUGCCUACAAGCUAAGCUAGAAGAACUUUGUGAACAGCUUCCAUGGCGGACGAGGUUGUUCUGUUGGAUUUUUAUCCAAGCAUGUUUGGGAUGAGGGUCAGAGUAGCUCUGGCCGAGAAGGGAAUCAAGUAUGAGUACAGAGAAGAAGACCUGUGGAACAAGAGCGAACUGCUUCUUAAGAUGAAUCCAGUCAACAAACAGAUCCCGGUGCUCAUCCAUAAUGGCAAACCAGUCUGUGAAUCCCUCAUCAUUUUGCAGUAUAUUGAUGAGGUAUGGAAAGACGAGGCUCCUCUGCUUCCAUCUGAUCCUUACCAGAGAGCACAGGCCAGAUUCUGGGCCGAUUUCAUUGAUAAGAAGAUAUAUGCUGCAGGCAAGAAGAUACAGACAACAAAAGGAGAAGAGCAGGAGGCAGGAAAAAAGGAAUUCAUUGAAAUUCUGAAGGUGUUGGAAGGAGAGCUUGGGGACAAGCCUUAUCUUUUGGGUGAGAAAUUUGGGUUCCUGGACAUUGCUUUCAUCACAUUCUACAGCUGGUUCCAUACUUAUGAGACACUUGGAAACCUCAGCAUAGAGGCCGAGUGCCCCAAGCUGAUCUCAUGGGCCAAGAGGUGCUUGCAGAAGGAGAGUGUCUCCAAGGCUCUUGCAGACGAGAAGAAGGUGUAUGAAUUUGUUCUUGAGUUGAAGAAGAGGCUUGGUGUGUAAUAGUGGAACAAUAUGGAAGUCCUGAAAUUCAACUCUGAGGUUGUAAACUUGUUCUGGUGAGGUAUCCUUGUGAGAGUUACCUUUGGUAUUGUCUACGUUGUCAUAACAUUCAAGUGAGUAAUUAGCUACUGUAAGUCUGCAAACAUAAGGCAGAUACUUUGUUGUGUCUGCACAUUUUUAAAUAUAUGAAAGGAUUAUGUUCUAAAUA